UUCACAAACCUUUGGAAUUGCGCGGCGGGGAGUAGUGGGACUGCAAAACACCAGAAACCAUACUAAAAUGAGGAGGGAGAAGUCAAGGAUAGAAAAUAACAUAAAUAUAAACGGCUUAUUGGAGCAUCUUAAAACGCAGAUUUCCUUUACAGUGGGUAUUUGAGAAAGACGAGAACAACGUGAUUUUUUUUUGCUGGAUGUGUUUCUAUUGGAGUUAGUGAAUUAUAUUUUCGAUUGCAUUGUGGAUUGGCUGAAUGUUCAGUGGUUCGGCGUAAGAAACUACAUUUGAUUUAUCAUAUUGUUUUAAAUGUAAAUGUGAGAUAAUUGUUGCCAGAGAAACAAAGAACAGCUUAAACAGUGAAGCUCUGAACAACCAGAAACUCUGGUUAGCUAAGCAAAAUACAACGGUAUGUCGCUCUGUGAGCCUCCAAACUGAAUGUGUCUCAGCUGUUCAAAGUAGCUUAUUUUUAAGAGACAGCAGGCACGCACGCAUAGUAGGUUCAACAAUAAAUGUGAUAGCCUUUAAUAUACAAGCUAAGAAGAAAUUGUUGCAUCCUUAUUCGCAGUAGCCUGUCUAUGAUUCAUCUGGAUUAUGACCUGAGUUCUAACACCGUUUGGAUGUUAAAUCAACUUUGAGAAUGAAGAAAAGGAAAUUUUGUUCCCGGUAGUUCACAUCGCGUAGUUUAUUCAGAAGGGAAUAUACACAUUACAUCAGGUCUGAUCAACUCACGUCACUUAUUCAAAAGACUGAGCUGCACAUAGGCUACUAUUCUGACUGCUCCACUGGACAUUACCUACUUAAAAAGAGCAAAUUACUGAAACUUCAUCGAAAACUAAGGAGGAUCCUUAAUGUUACUGUAUGGUAAACUUUCUUGAUUUCAUGGGAAAACAAUAGAAAUAAUCGCAUUUUCAUUGAAAUUUUGAUUUCAUCACCGGUGGAAGGAUUACCUCCGUUUCGCGCUGGAAGCGGCAGAAUUUCGCCCACGGAGGCGGCUGUCGAAUUUGAGUGUAGAACGCUCCCCCCAAACCGACAUGGAGGAGUGGAGGCAAUGCGGGCGGUGGUUGAUAGACUGCAAGGUUUUGCCCCCAAACCAUCGGGUGGUCUGGCCUUCUGCGGCCGUGUUCGACUUGGCACAGGCGCUACGAGACGGAGUCCUUAUGUGCCAGAUGUUGCACAACCUCUCACCGGGGUCUGUGGACCUAAAGGAAAUCAACUUCAGACCCCAGAUGUCACAGUUUCUGUGUUUGAAGAACAUUCGGACGUUCCUCAAGGUGUGCCAUGACAAGUUUGGCCUGCGCAACAGCGAGCUGUUUGACCCGUUUGACCUGUUUGACGUCAGGGACUUUGGCAAGGUGAUCUCCGCCCUCUCCAGGAUCUCCCACCACAGCAUUGCACAUAUCAAAGGGAUCAGGCCCUUUCCUUCAGAAGACACUGCUCUGAAUGAGGAUGACGUCUACCGAAGUCUUGAGGAGCUGGCGGAUGAACAUGACGUGGGGGAGGAUGAUAUCUAUGACUGCGUUCCCUGUGAGGAUGAUGGGGAUGACAUCUACGAGGACAUUAUCAAGGUGGAAGUACGACAACCCAUGAUCAGAUACAUGCAGAAAAUGGGCAUGACAGAAGAGGACAAAAGAAACUGUUGCUUAGUGGAGAUCCAGGAGACUGAAGCGAAGUACUACAAGACGCUGGAGGACAUUGAGAAGAAUUAUAUGAUCCCUUUGAAGCAGGUUCUCAGUCCACAAGACAUGGAGGCCAUCUUUGUAAAUCUCGAGGAUGUGAUUAAGGUCCACUUUGCCCUGCUGAGGGCCAUCGAUCUCAACAUGGUGAGCGGAGGUAACGGACUGGGGAAGAUCUUCAUUGACUUCAAGGAAAGGUUGUUGAUCUACGGCCAGUACUGCAGCCAUAUGGAGAACGCCCAGAAGACACUGGAUGAGCUCAUAGCUACACGGGAGGAUGUCAAGAUGAAAGUAGAGGAAUGCACUAUGAAAGUACAAGAGGGCAAGUUUAAACUCCAGGACCUGCUGGUGGUGCCCAUGCAGAGGGUGCUGAAGUACCACCUCCUACUCAAGGAGCUGGUGAGUCAUUCAGCUGACCGACCUGAGAGACAGCAGCUAAAGGAGGCUUUGGAGGCGAUGCAGGAUCUGGCUAUGUACAUCAACGAAGUGAAAAGAGACAACGAAACCUUGAAGAAGAUUAGUGAAUUUCAGAACUCAAUCGAGAACCUUCAGCAGGUCAAACUGGAGGAGUAUGGGAGACCCAAGAUAGAUGGAGAGCUGAAGGUGUCGUCCAUAGUCAACCGAACAAAACAGGACCGGUACAUAUUUCUGUUUGAUAAAGUGGUGAUUGUGUGCAAGCGGAAAGGCUACAGUUAUGAACUUAAAGAGAUAAUUGAGUUGCAAUCGUACAAAAUGUCUGACGACCCCAUGAACAACAGGGACAUGAAGAAGUCGAGUGGAAAAAUGUGGUCCUACGGCUUCUACCUGAUCCACCUGCAAGGCAAGCAGGGUUUCCAGUUUUUCUGUAAAACAGAGGAAACCAAGAGGAAAUGGAUGGAGCAGUUUGAUAUGGCCAUGUCAAACAUCAAGCCGGACAAAGCCACGGCCAAUCAGCACAACUUCCAGAUGCACACGUUUGAGAAGAACACCAACUGCCGCGCCUGCAAGAUGCUUCUGAGGGGGAUCUUCUACCAGGGCUACUUCUGUUCCCGCUGUGGGACUGGAGCACACAAAGAGUGCCUGGAAUGCAUCACCAUCUGUAAAAUCAAUCCACUCGAUGCGGACCCUGGACUCCUGUCAUCAGGCCCUAAGAUGGUGGCUGUAAGAAAUUAUCAUGGGACACCAGUUCCUCCAGGCAAGCCUCCUCUCUCCUUUCAGACUGGGGACUUCAUCGAGCUACUGAAGGGGGAACCUGACACCACCUGGUGGGAGGGGAAGCUUAUUCAAACCCAAAAGAGUGGCUUCUUUCCUAAUAACUGUGUAAAGCCCUGUCUGGAUCCCAAGCCUUUGUUCCAGUCCUUCCCCAGCCGUCAGUCGUCAAGGGAAACAGACUACUAUGGAUACCCGUGGUUCGCUGGCAACAUGGAGCGGACCCAGGCUGACAACCUGCUGAAGUCCCACAGCAGUGGAACAUACCUGAUCAGAGAGAGGACCGCUGAGGCGGAGAGGUUCGCCAUCAGCAUCAAGUUCAAUGAUGAAGUGAAGCACAUUAAAGUCAUUGAGAAAGACAGCUGGAUUCACAUUACAGAGGCUAAGAAAUUUGAGAGUCUACUGGAGCUGGUGGAGUAUUAUCAGUCUCAUUCGCUGAAGGAGAGUUUCAAGCUGCUAGAUACGACGUUACGAUAUCCCUACAAAUCCAGAGACCGGGGUCCAGCGUCGCGGGCCAGCACUCGAUCACCAGGUGAGCCCAUCCCUGCACCCAUUGGCGCUUCCUACAACUUCUCCUUCCUCAGUCCUCAGGGUCUCAACUUCUCCUCCUCUCAGAGCUCAGCCCCCUUCUGGUCAGUGUUCACGCCUCGGGUGGUCAGCACGGCGGUGGCCAGGUAUAACUUUGCAGCGCGGGACAUGAGGGAGCUGUCACUCAGAGAAGGGGACAUCGUCAAGAUCUACAGCAAGAUUGGAGGAGAUCAGGGCUGGUGGAAAGGAGAGGCCAACGGCAGGAUUGGCUGGUUUCCCUCCACAUACGUGGAUGAAGAAGGAGUUCAGUAAGGCUCUGAUGUCACCACGUCUCCUGUCCAAUCACUUCAAACCUCGCUCCACAGUUCUCAGAGAGGACUAGUUGGUUUCCAGGGAAACACCAUGUCGAAUACUUUUUGCUGGAUACUGAUUUUGCAGUGAACAACCUUUCUACUCCAGUUUUCUUCCUACCGUGUAUCCAUCGGCUUUGCUUGUGUGUUUUUUUUUCAGAUCUUGUCCUGUUUGAUCUCUGUGAGGAAAAACUGGAUUCCAGUCGGUCUGCAUCUAGUUAUUCUAACAGGGCUGACACGAACUGAAGAAAUAUUGAGAAUAUUGAGAUAUUGCUGAGGCCCAAAAUACUUUACACAGAGACUGAGGUCUCUAUAGAUUUAUUACAUGGAUAGACUCCUCCUUUGUUGCAGGUCUAUGGGAGGGGGUAAUAUAAUGUAUAGAUAAUUUAUUUAACAGAUGUCCUAACCAUUAUUGUGCGAUGUUGAUAUUAGCAACACAGCAGAGAAAAAAAUAUGAAGAAAAAGACCGGUUUGUGUCUCUUUGCUGGAAGAUUUUGCCUUAGUUGUCAUGGUGAUGCCUUGCCUGCAUUCAGCAGAGGAGGAAGUAGAUGCCCCAGGAUUACUUUGUCUUGCAGACACAGUCCCACUCACCCCACCAGUACAACAGUAUGGUGCCUUUGAACUGUGGUCGAUGCUCACAGGAUUGGCCAACCAUUGUCCACGGACCAUCGCAAGCUUAAGGUCCAGCUCGAACCAUCCAGUCUCGACCGCAGACCUGACUGUGGAUCUAGAUGAAGCAGGGAGGGGGGAAUUUGGACAGAGCUUAAAUCCUUAGUCUGCUACAUGACCGAAGCAAGAAGGUUGGUUUAAUAUUUGAAGCCCCUUGCCAACCCGAAGACAGGCAAACAGUGACCCUUGGAAGCCUUGCACUGGAGUUGGGGGGAAUGUCCCUGUUGCGGCCAAAAAGAGCCCACCAUGGGUCAUAAAGGCAGCAGGAAUGAGUGUACAGAUAGUUGGUUCACAUCAGUCUCAGCACUUUAAGUCCAUGAGUAGCCUGCUCAUAAUCAACAGGAUGCAAAAAGGGAAACUUUCAGUCAGUCCAACACCCACCUAAUGCACUGAAAUUCUAUCUUGGUGUUUAAAAUGUUCUUGUUAAUUCUUUUUUGUUUUUCGUUUUGCACAAGACCAACCUUUACUUGCUGAAAACUGGACCAACCUUAAUUAUUUGAAAGCCAAAUGCAACCUCUUUUUAUUAAUGUCCGCAUGAAACCAACCCAGACGUUUUUAUUAUGACUUUGUUUGUACCUUGCCUUAUUUACAGAUAGACACGUGGUGCUGGGUUUUUAAAUCUCUUGGGAAAAUUGUCCGAAUUUUUAUUUUUGUUGCUGUGAUGACUGGUGAUGUAAUAUGGCAGCUCCAAGAAUUACUCAGAAAAUGUCAACAUCUCGAUGAUGACCUACCC